AUGAUGGCUUCGGUAACUUCGCUGGAUAAAGACCUGCGCAACUUGCGCCUCUCCCGUUAUACCCCGCAGACAGCCGCAGAAGUGCGCGACUGGAUUGAGGAGGUUUUGCAUGAGAAACUACCAUCGGCCGAUCUGUUAGAGGGAUUGAAGGAUGGAGUGGCACUAUGCAAACUAAUCAACCUGGCCGUGUCUCCAGGUGUGAAGUAUAAGCAGUCCUCGAUGCCGUUCGUACAAAUGGAAAACAUCUCACAUUUCCUACGCGCUUGUCAAAUUGCUCCUCUCAGUCUCCCUCCCCAUGACGUUUUCCUUACAGUUGAUCUAUACGAAGCAAAAGACCCGGCGCAAGUCUUGCAGUGCAUAGCGGCCUUCAGUCGCAGGGCUAAUGCUCUCCAGCCAAAUACUUUCCACCGUACAGUCGGUCCACAAAGUAAGCGCGGACUUAUCAGUCCCAAUGCUACUGGCUCUUCAAAUUCGUCAUUUACCAGACCAAGCCGUGCCUCUAGCAAUGCGAGCGAUGCAAAGCCCUCUGGAUUUAGUUCCUGGAGUAAGAAGACUGACGAGUCAGCGACUUCUCCAGCCUGGAACAUUCACCAGUAUGGUUACAUGGGAGGAGCAAGUCAAGGCAACCAAGGUGUUGCAUUUGGUGCCCGGCGGCAGAUCACCACUCCGGGACCAGCGGUGCCUAGCCUUGCUGAGAAAGAGAAGCGGCGACGUGAAGAGGAAGAGAGAAUUCGACGACAGAAUGGGGAAAGAGAGGAAGCUGAACGUGCUCAUCAAAGACAGGUGGAAGAUCAGGAGGCACGGAAAAAGGCAGAGGAGCAGCGUCGCUGGGAGGCAGAAACUGCUGAAUUGAGAGAAAAGGAACGGCGUGAAAUGGAGGACGAGAAGAGGAGAUGGGAUGCAGAGAAGCGACAAUGGGAGGAAGAGGAACGACGCCGUCUUGCAGAAGAGAAGGCAACGGAGAAGCGUUUCGAAGAAGAGCGGGAACGUCGACGAAGUGCCAACGACAACCGUCUUAACGGUCAAUUCCUCAGCCAGUACCAAGCCAGUCAGACCAGUGCUCUCCCACUUGGAGCUGUAUCUACUGAAGAAAGUCCCGAAAGUCGACGUAUCAAAGAGCUUGAGCGAGAGCUACAGUUGGCUAAAGAGCGCGAACGCCAGUAUGAGAAUGAGCGUCAAGAUACAAAUACUCCACAAAGUGAAGUAGAUGAUCAGUCUCAUGGCGGACGCCCGGUACCCGUUCCUCCAAAGCCAAGCUACGACCUCUCAUCCCUAGAACAAGAACGCCGAAUGCUCCGCGGGGAAUGGCAAAAGAGUCAGGAUGUGGCAACAGCAACGCAGCCUGAAAACCAGGCUCCACCUCCACCUCCACGACCGCUUCCAGAACCCGUGCCAUCCCAGAAACCACCUCUUCCAGCCAGAGAACUACCCCCAGCUCCACGUCCCUUACCAGACCCGGUAACAUACUCAGCCAACCGCACAGAUCGGUUCCUCGCUUCCAACCCUGCACCGAGGACAGCUGCCCCUGCAACUCAUAGACCACAAGACUACACCACUACUUCUGAGGUCGAUGCAGAGAACAGUCGCCGCCUAGCCUCGCAGCAGAAGACCAAGGCUGGCGAGUGGGCUUCCAAGUCCCUGCUUGAGCGUGAGAUGGAGCGAGAGCGAGAACGUCAACGCGAAUGGGAGGAAAAUCAGAAACAAACUGAGGCAGCCGCGCGCGACGUUUCCGAGGGUUCGGGACCCGGCCAGACAUGGGAUGUUCACCAAUAUGGCUACCUGGGCGGCGACAAUCAAAACCGUGGUGGCGUUGGACUGGGUGUUGGAGGGGCCAGACGCCAGAUUAUUGGACCUCGACCACCGCGGUAG